UGCGCGGCGAGUGGCAGCAUGAUCAGUUCAGCUGUUGCUGCGCCUUCUGCUGCUGCUGCUGUCCACCUCCACCACCACCAUGGCCCGGCUCGUGCUCCACGGCCUCCGUACUAUUGUCCCCAAGAUCACCCCUCUCCAUAGGCUCACUCCCGCCGGUCACAUUGUGCCUAGACACCUGUGUACCGCCACCAGCCUCCUGUCAGAGCGCAAGUAUACUGACAAGCAUGAAUGGGUUGCUGUUAAUGGCAACACUGGAACUAUUGGUAUUACAAAUUAUGCUCAGGAAUCGCUCGGAGAUAUUGUGUAUGCUCAGCUGCCAGAAGUGGGUACCGCAUAUGAACAAAUGGAGGAGUGUGGCGCGCUUGAGAGUGUGAAGGCUGCGAGUGAACUCUACUCUCCUGUGUCUGGCAAAGUGACUGCCAUCAACACUGCUGUUGAGGAUCUUCCAGCACUUAUUAACCAGAGCUGUUAUGAUGAAGGAUGGUUAUUCAAGUUAGAGUUGACAGUUCCAGCAGAAAUAGACGAGCUGAUGGAUGAAGAAGCAUACAACAAGUUCUUGAAAGACAGUGAACACUAAUGCUAGCAAGAAAUAAGACGCACAUAAGAUGGUGCAGCACAUACCGUAUGACUGGUAACCCACAACAAGCUCUGUUGCUCAACUCUCCACGGAAUUGUUUCCACCUAAAUCAUCUCUAGUACACUUUUUUGCAUUGUAUUCUAUGGUUUCUAAUCUCUGUUGUACUUGACUAUCCCCUAAGCAAUUGUCGUGUCCGUGUUACUUAACCUAGUUAUCUCUGGCCACCCCAAGUGUAGGAAAGAGGGAAAUUAAUUUGAGAGAUUUGUGUGUGUGGAAUUGCUGUCCACUACAGUAUAGUGUACAUGAUUGCAAACUAUAGUAUCAAGCUUAACAUUCAAAUCUUGAGUUUCUCUGUUUAUCUUAAGUGAGAAUCAAAGCUUGAAAGAUCCUCCCUCUGGGUUAAGUGUGUCAAUAACUCAUUCUGUGGGUCACAUGGUAUAGAAUAUGUAGCUUUGUUAAAAACCUCCAGUAAUAUUUCACCUUGUCAUCUGUUUUAUUACACAUAAAUUUGUAUUCUUAAUACAUUUUGCUAGUUUUGAAAACCUGUGAAUAUGUUAAAUUUCUCCGACACGUUGACAAUGUGACGUAUUUAUGGUUUUUGGUUUACAGUGAGACAUGAUUCUCUUUAUUUUCAUUAUAAUAUAUAACAUACUGAUGUAAUUGGCUGAUAUUAUCCACUAACUAUUUAGUAUUUUUAUAAAUAAUAUAAAGGAAGAAUGGUUGUGGAUUAUAGGCCAUUAUCAGUUGUAUAUAAUAGUGCGGUUAUUAUAAUUGUUGCUGCCUCUGUCCUCUGGUUUAGUUGGCAGUGGUUCAGUAUACACCAAUAUCUUGUGGUAAUGGACAUAAUUACCAUGUCGAAACUUGCUGACAUUUUUGUUUCAAUAUAAAAUUGAUAAAACUGU